UUGAAUAAUCAAUGAUGGUUAUAUCAUGAAAAUUUCUAGUGGAUGCUAUUUGGUAUAUAAUAUAUGCUAUUUGGUAUAUAAUCAAUGAUGGUUUGGCUGUUUGAUGAUCCUCUUGUCUGAUGCUUGAUUUGAUUUUCCCUCUUUCCCUUUUUCCCUUUUUCCCUUCUUCCCUUUUUCCCUUUUUCUUUCCCUCUUUCCCUCUUUCCCACUUGAUUUUCUGGCGGUGCAAAUGUAAAAAUUAAGCUUUUUUUUUUUAAAUUUUCCCUUUAAUUAUAAUCACUUUAAUUAUAAUCACUUUAAUUAUAAUCAUUUUCCGGCGUGGACACUCACUGAUCCAAUUCAAGUAACAAGCUCUAGUGGUUUGGUUAAAAUCCGAUUUGUUGACUCAAUUUUCAGCACAAACACUAAAGGGUCUCUCAGAUUUCUUGGAUUCGAUCCGCUCGAUUGCUCGGUUUCGGAUUCGGUGUAUAGAUGUCGCAGUUGAUCACUCGUCGUUGGAGUGUGAGUGCUCCAGGCGUGAGUGCUCCAUUGAUUGGGGAGCCUACACCCCUUACUGAGGCUACUCCUACGGCGUCUCAGGUGCCCGUAUCAUCAACAUCAUCAGUGUCGGUUCAACCUCUCAGUGCACGGCGGCCUCACCGUCGCCGCCGCGAGCUAGAGCCUGGUGAUCACGCUUCCUUCUCCUCCGGAGUCGAUGGUGGGGCCUCCCAACCAGCUAAAAAAAACACCAGGGGGCCUAAUCGAAUGCUAAAGGAGGCACAGGCUGUACGUAUGUCCGCCUCCUUGAUCAAGAUUGCAUAUGACUCGCAACAUCGUGGAGCGGCUACCUCACAGCAGCAUAGCAGCGUUGUUACUAGCUGUGGUUAUGUUAUUCGGAAUUGUUGUCCUAUGCGGUGGGAGUCUUGGGCACAAAUUCCCGAGGAGACGAAGAAACUGGUGCGAGAGAAGUUGUCGGUCAAUUUUGAUGUUAAGGACUUAUCCCCUGAGGUUAGUGCCUACUUAGAGGGGACCUUAGCAAACCGGUACAAAGAUUGGAAGAGCGCUUUUCACACGCAUUUUCAGCUAUGGAAUGAUCCGGAGAUUGCUCGCCUAGAGGGUUGCCCAAACGAGUUGAGGGACCGGCCAGAGGAUUGGGAGUGGCUCUGUAAACAUUUUAUGGAUCCAAAAUUUGUGAAGAAAUCUAUUGCUGGCAAGAAAGCUCGGGACUCAAAGACACUUCUCCACCAUUCCGGUUCGAAGCCCUUUUCGUAUAGGCUUGAGGCACGACGUCAGGAGGGUUCUAAGUUCCCACAGAUUGACUUGUUCAAUGACGUUUACGUUCGACCCGGCAAUGAGACCGCUAAGGAGCUUCAUGAUGUUAUGGUGGAAAAGUCCACUGCUGUUCUCCAAGAAGCAACAUCCCAGCUUCCCCCGGAGACCCCGAUCGACGAAGUCAAUGUACCCGAUGAUGCAGAUAUUCAGAUCGUGACUGAGGUCUUGGAUCAGAAGUUGGGUCGUCGUUAUGGCAAGGUUGUUCGAUGUAUGGGGAAGGCAGGGGUUCCUGAGACGGGUGCCUCCUCUUCCACAUCGUCCACAAGAGAGGUCAAUGCCUUGAAGGAGGAAGUGACAACCCUAAAAGGUCAGCUUGUGGCCCAGGGCGAGCACAUUAGGACCCAGGACGAGAGGAUGAGUAUGAUUCUACAAGCUUUAGCGAUGUCCGGCCUCCAGAUCCCGAUGCCAACACGUGAUGUUGCUCCACCUUCAACUUCCCAGCCACUUCAUCCAGCUGAUACCCAGUAGCAUGAUGUAUCCUAGAAGACUAGUAGUUUUUUUUUUGUUUUUGGACAUCUUGUGUGUACAUUUUUAUAUAUUUUAUAAUUAAAUAUUUUUUCUUGGUUUAA